AUGGAUACCAUGGUUGAUCAAUCAGCAGAUUAUGAAGAGAUAAUCAAUAAUAAAACAUUGCUAUUAGAGAAGGAAUAUGAACUAUCAAGUUUGAAUUUAAAUCAUUUGGUAGAAAUUCAAAAUCAUAAAAAAACACAAUAUAAUCUAUUGAUUAAAGAAUCAGAUUUUGAAGAUUAUAAAGAAUUAUAUCAAUAUCAACAUGCACAGGAAGUUGCAACUAUAGUGAAUGAAUUUUCAAAGGUUAAGCAAACUCAAUAUGAAACACUAAUUGCCAUUUAUAAUGAAACCAAAGUGUUUUAUGAAUCCCAAGUUUCUCAGCUAUAUGAAGAUAUUAAAGUGUUAAAGAAUAAUUUGGGAGAAUUGGAAUCUAAACAAGAGACUUUGUUGGAGGAGAAAGAGAAUGAUGAAUCAGAGAUUAAACAACAAUUACAUGACUUGACUGUCGAGAAUAAGUCACUCAAUGACAAGAUGACAAAACAGUCUGCCAAGGAAGCAAAGGACGCUGCCAAGGCAAAGCUGGAAAUCGAGAAUCUAAAAGGACAAAUCCAAGUCAUGUCGAAACAAUUCGAAGAUCUCAAGGAUGAGAACGCUGUGUUGCUAGAGUCCAAGGAGAAGCUUAGAGAGGAAGUCGCCACCGUCAAGGGAUCCACCCGCCAGAAGAAGGUGGACGACGUUGCCAAGUGGAAAGCAGAGUCUGAACGCUGGAAAGAGGCACUGGAAAAAUCAGAGCAACGUGUCCAGGAGCUAGAGUCAGACUUGGAGGAGUCCCAGCAGUCUGAGAAACAAGAGUCCAAUAAAUGGCGUUCCGAAAAGGACAAGGUCAGCGUCGAGAAUAAAGAGUUGAAGGAGGAGAUCAAGGAGCUAAAGGUGUCAUUGAAGCAGGAGCAAGUCGAGUUCAAAGAGGAGGUGGCCGUUCUCAGAGAAACCAUUGUCCAACUAAAGUCAGAGAUUGUCCAACAAGCCAAGGAGGGUGUGAGCAAUACCAAGUUGGCGGCCGACCUCGAGAAACUCCAAAAGGAGUUGGAGAAAUCAAAGGACCGAUUGGAAGAGCUAAAGAACACCACCAAGGAGAAGACCAAACAAACCACCCAGAAACACAAGGAGGAGCUGUCCGUAUUAAAGACUCAGAUAUCCGAACAACACGCUUCCAUUGUCGAUUUGGAGGAGCAGCUAUCGUCGUCACGCGAACAAGUCGAGCAGAAUGACAAUAGUAAAUAUUUGGCAGAGAUCAAAUCGUUAAAGUUGCAAGACAAGCGCUCACAGGAUGCCAUCCAGUCGCUCACAGACAAGGUCGGAGAUCUGGAGGAGCAGCUCAAGACCUCACAAGAGUCCUAUGAAGAGCUGGAGGAGCGUAUGGAGAAGAGCAUUACCGAAAAGGGUGACAGUUCAAAGAAACUUUUGGCCGAGAACAAGUCGUUGAAGUCACAGGAUAAGAAAGCUCAAGAUGCUAUUGCAUCGCUUUCUGACAAGGUGAGUGAGUUGACCGAUCAGUUGACUGCAUCCAAAGCGCAAGUCGAUCAACUAGAGGAGCAACUCAACUCACACAAUGAAGCCGACCAAUCCAUUCAACAACUCAAGUCGGAAAUCAAGGAGUUGAAGAGUCAAGAUAAGAAAUCAAAGGCUGCUGUUGAGUCGCUAAAUACCAAGAUCGCUCAUCUGACCAGCCAACUCUCUGAUUCCAAACAACAGGUAUCUGAAUUGAAGGAGCAAGUUGUUGCUGCCGAAGCACUAGCUCAGAAACAAGUUGUCGCUGUUGAACCAAAGACUGGAGGUCGAAAGAAGUCGGUUGCCGCUGCUGUUGUUGUUGAGCCAGCUGAGGAUGAAACAAUGGAAGAGGAGAAGCCAAAGAGAGGUAGAAAGAAGAAGCAACCAGAUCCAGAGCCAGUUGAGGAGGAGAAGCAACCAGAGGAGGAAGAGGUUGUCGAGCCAGUCGUCACAGGCAAGAGAGGAAAGAGAGUAACCAUAUCCAAUAAGGUACAAGAGAAGGAGAUUCCAUCCAGAGAAUCUGAGCUACAAGCAGCUGCUUCCGAAGAAGAUGUAGACGAAGCAGCAGCCGCCGCCACUAAGCCAAAGAGAACCAGAGUUAGCAAGAAGAAAGCUCAAGAGGAUGAAGACUACGAGCCGGAAGUUGGUGAAGCUGAGCAAGAUGAAGAACCAGCACCUGCUACCAAGCCAAAGAGACAAUACAACAGAAGAGCAAAGGUAGCAGAGGUUGAACCAGAGAAAGAAGAAGCAGCGGCAGAGGCGGAGGAGGUAGUACCAGUCAAGCAAGCUUCCAAGAGAACCAGAGGUAACAAUAAGAAGAAGGAACAAACCGAACCAGAGGUAGAGGAAGAGCAACCAGAAGAAACCACUCCACCCGCCAGACAAAAAUCCAGAAAGACCAAGAAGGAUUCAACAGCUUCCGAUGAAGUCGAGAUGGCAGCAGCAGCAGCCAAGGAAGACCAAGAAGAGCAAGAUCAAGCUAAACCAAAGAGAGGCGGAAGACCAAAGAAAGCUGCUACUGCUGCCUCACCAGUAGAAGAGAAAGCAGUCACACCGGCCAAAUCAAAAUCAUCAUCAUCAUCAUCAACUACCACCAGCACCUCUCAACAAAACAACAAAAAGUCAUUGACAUUGAAUGACAACAACAAGGAAAACGAUCCAAAUCAAAGUAACAAACAACCAUACAAUGCAGCAUCACUGGCAUCGUCGGUAGCUACCUACAAACCCAACACCUCAUCAUUCCUAUCGUCAAGUAACACUGGUGGUGCAUCGGGACUCAAAGGACUUUUGGCCAACAUGAAGAUUCCAAUUUUGUCAACAAUGAAGAAAUAA